AUAGACACGUAAGUAAAAAGAGCGUCUACUUUAUUUUCAUCACGAAAACACCAAAAUAUUAGUAAUAAAAAGCAAUUUAACCAUAGAAGUUGAAUUACAGUUGACGUGAGUGGUUGUGAAUUAUUAAAAGACAGAAAACAUAAAAAUUGCGCUUACGAAAUUCCUCAUUUAAUUAGCAUGUAAAGUGGAACACACAAACAAAAACAAUACGCCUCUGUGCAAACGAUUGCUACACCUGAACUUUCACUGCAAUUUGUUUUACCAAAGGUCGUGUGGAGAAAGGGGAUUUUUCAUAGAGAACUACCGUGCGUCAUUUGGUUUUUAAUAAUAAUCUUAAAUAAAACAAAGAACAUACAAUAUAAGCCAAUAAAGAGAAGAAACAGUCACCUGCAAAGGUGCAAUACAAAAAGUACAAUGUCUACUCAGCGACUUCUACGCCAGAGUGCGUGGUACUUGAUGCUGACGUUGUGCGUCAUAUUGUGGGCACGUCAUUGUAGCGGCUACUUUGCCGCCCACGAUGAAUUGGAUCAGAACAAAAGUUGUUUCUGCGAGCUUAAGGGUUCCAUAAAUGAUUGCAGUUGCGCCGUGGACACCGUGGACCAUUUCAAUAACAUCAAAAUAUAUCCGCGUCUCAAGUCGCUGCUCGUAAAAAACUUCUUUCGCUUUUAUAAAGUGAAUUUGAAAAAUUCAUGUCCUUUCUGGGUGGAUAACAGCAAAUGUGCGAUGCGUUUUUGCCAGGUGCAAAAUUGUGAUGAGAAGCACAUUCCCAAAGGUCUAAUCGAGGAAAGCGAAAAUAAGGAACCAGCAGCAUUUAAGUACACCAAAGAAGCCCAAUCAUCAGAAUGCUCGGAGGCCGAGGACUACAAUCGUGUUUUAAGCUACUUGGAUACAAGCCUCAGCGAUCAGGCGUAUCGCGAAUUUGAACGUUGGGCUAGACACGAUGAAGCCGAAGAAGAUUUCUGUAUUUUAGAAGAUCAACACAAGGGAGCUCAAUAUGUAGACUUACUUAUAAAUCCUGAGCGUUACACCGGCUAUAGGGGAGAAUCGGCGCAUCGCAUUUGGCGUAGCAUUUAUAUGGAAAAUUGCUUUGGCCGCAAAAAUGAAACCAAAACGCUUUCCGAUUUCAUACCACAUCUGGAUUUGGAUAAAGUAUGUUUGGAGCAACGUGCCUUCUAUCGUAUCAUAUCCGGGCUGCACAGUAGCAUUAAUAUACAUUUAUGUGCCAAAUAUUUACUCUCCGAAUCAAAAGACUUUCUCGAUCCUCAGGGGGUUUGGGGCCCAAAUAUUGAGGAAUUCAAACGACGUUUCAGUCCGGAAACAACAAAGAACGAAGGACCACAUUGGUUGAGAAAUCUUUAUUUCAUUUAUUUGGUAGAAUUGCGCGCUUUGGCCAAAGCGGCGCCAUAUUUGCGACGAGAAGAAUACUACACAGGCAUUGCGGAGGAAGAUGAGGAAGUGAAGUUGGCUAUAAAUGAUCUCUUGUCGGUUGUGGAAUCUUUUUCAUCGCAUUUCAAUGAAAAUGUGCUAUUUUCGAAUGGUGUAGCAUCACUAAAAUUCAAAAAUGAGUACAAAGAGAAAUUUCGAAAUAUAUCUAGAAUAAUGGAUUGCGUGGGUUGUGAUAAGUGCCGACUUUGGGGAAAAUUACAGACACAAGGACUUGGUACAGCUUUAAAAAUUCUCUACUCUGAGAAAUUGAAUGUAGCGACAGAGAAUGGUCUGUGGGAACGGCCACAUUUAGAGGCUAAUCCACUCUUUAAGCUAUCGCGUACAGAAAUUGUGGCGCUCUUCAAUGCAUUUGGGAGACUUUCAACAAGCAUUUAUGAGGUGGAAAACUUCCGAAAAUUGCUGCGGUAAUAGACGCCCGCAUAGAAUGCUUGCUUGCCGCUGCUACUGGUUUUUGUUAGACAAUGCAGCAGACUGUAGUGAUAGAUAACUUUGUUGUAAUUAUAGUAUUUAUUUAGCUGGUAUUUAGUAGCCUACAUAUAUAGAGGCGCUUACAAAUAUUUCGUUAACAAAGCCUACGAAAGGUUCCUUCUCUUACCUCAAACAAUCUGACAUAUUAUUAGUGAGUUCGAGAGUUUUUGAAACAACUUAAACCUGUCCCUUUUUUUAUUAACCUUAAGCAAAUUUAUUUAUUAUGAAAUUGUUAUUUUUUUGAUUUGUUACUUAACUACUACUUCCUGUGUAAUAUUGCAAUCAUAUUAUCAUAUAUUAUGAUCUAGCGAAAUUGCUCGAGGCAUCGGAUUUUGGGCGUUGAAGGAGCAUAAAAAGUUCUUUAAAGUGCAAGAGAGAGUAAAAAAACAAUCAUUCAAUGUGGAAAAUAGCUUUAUGUAUAAUCUAAAGAUUUUAAAAUAUUUAUUGUGUAAUAUGUAAGUGCUCAAAUUAUUUAUGUAUGUAAUUUUUGCAUAUAACAGGGAUGGGCGUUCAAAGGCAUUUUAAACAAAAAUACAUAGGUAUUUGUAACUUUUAGUGAUAUGGUUUUUAUAGUACGAGUAUGUAAUACGAAAAAAAAUUUGUGAAAAUAUAAGUAGCACUACGUUGAAGUACAUGGUAAUGCAAUUCUCUUUGCUCUCUAAAAUAUAAAUAUGCUACAUAUUUAAUUUAAAUUUUGUUAAUGUUUUAACCAAUUACAUAACUUAUUGAAUGGUAGUAAUAUAAGUACGUUUGGUAUUUUAUAUUUUUUAGCAAUUACAAAUAUUUUAUUUUCUUUAUAUUUUAUUU